AAAGUCAGUGUGUCAGAGGCUGUCGCUGAGCGCUCAUCAUCUCAUCAGGUCAAGCCAGAGCUAAUCGAAUCCAAUAUAACCAACGUGGCACACAUAUGAGUGUAUGUAUGUAUGUAACAACCCCGUGAAGAACUACGCCAGCUGGCUGACUGAUUGAUUUUUCCCCAUUGACCAGGCAGUAAGGCGAAUUCAGUCAGUUAGUUAGUUAGUUAGGUACAUAAUUCUUCCAUAUGGAAAUGGAUGAGGAAACGGAAAGGGAGCAGCUGAAACUGGCAGAAGGUCAUCCCACGACGAGCAGCUGCGACGCUGAAAGUGUCGAUAGUCAGGCAUAUCCAGAGGAACGUUGGUCCCCAUUGGGUGCCAACUACGAUGAUGCGAAUAGCGCCAGUUCGGGUGUCGAUUGUGAGCUGGAGGCCAAUGUCCUGAAUGACAAGGAAUUAUUGGUGACAACAACAACAGCCACGGGAGCAACAUUAGCCAAUGUUGAUUCGUUAACGGAGAAUGCAAGUGAAUUGGCUCGUUUGCGCAGCAUUGAGGACGAACAGGAGCUCUUGACUAGCUCCCUAUUGGCCCUGACAUCACAUUUCGCCCAUGUCCAGUUGAGAGUUCGUCAAAUUGUCGAAGCUCCCACAGACGAACGUGAUCAGCUGUUGCGGGAUCUGGAGGAUUUUGCAUUUCAGGGCAUUCCAGAGGCGGCGGCGGCAGGACAAAACAAUAGAGAAGAUGAAUCGAACAAGAAUGGCGGACUGGAGUACAAUGACGAUGAAUCAGUGGGAGUGGAUGGAUCCACAGCGAGGACACCAAUCUCACCACCUCCGCCGCCGGAUGGCCAAUUGAUUGAACAAUUGAAAUCCCAACUAACUGAACUCGAACAGUUGGCCUAUGAGGCUGGAGCUCCCGGUAUUUUGCCCCAACAGAUACUACUCGAAAAGCAAAAGUUCAUACUCGACGAGUUGCGCUCCAAGCUAAAUCUUCAGGUAGAGCAACAGGAUUUGCCUUCAUUAAGUACUGAACAGCUGAGGCAUCAGGUAGAUAAUGCCAUUGGUGAGUUUGUCGGACCGCUGAAAAUGAAAGAGCAACUGGUGGCCCAACUGAAGACACAAAUAACCGAUCUGGAACGUUUCAUUGCCUUCCUGCAAUGCGAUGCAGCGGGUGGCGACAAAUUGAAACUACUGACUGGAGCCUACAAUAGCUAUGCGGCCAAGCAGACGGCGAGAUCGCAGCAGAUCCAGAAGCCAGCAGGUGGCUCUAGAUUAACUGCCUCCAACACUGGUAGCAGCAGCGCAGCGACAACCACAACAUCGGCAACGGCAGCACUAAGCAACUCGGAGGCCCGGGAGAGCCUUCAUAGCAAGGCUCAUGGAUUAUUGGACAAGGCUUCGCUCCUAAUGCAAAUGUUUGCCAGCACACAUUUCGCCAAGCGGCAAGAUGACUUUCAACAGAAUUCACUGAAAAAGACGCACAAGGGCAACCAUUGGGGUGAUCUUCGUGCUCAGUUGGAGGUGGAUAUUCAAGAAGUAGCCGCCUUAGCAGCCACACUCACUUGUGAUCGCGAAAAGUUGGCCAACAUUAAGAGGGCUUUACGCCAGCAACAGCAGCAGCACCAGCAGCAACAAGCAUCCAGCUCAUCAGGCUGCCCCAUAACAUCACAGACAGGAGCUCUAACCACAAUUCCACCGCGUUGUAGACGCGCUGUGGCCGCCAAUAUCAGUGGCCACGAACUGACACCCUAUUCCCCAGGCACUGUCUCCUCCGACUCUGAUGAAGAGGCCAAUCACUAUGACCAAUUCGAGUGGACCAAGGACAAGUCAUUGGGUCGUCGUAUUGUGCAUAUGCGCGGUGAUUCGAUAGCCACCAUUGGCCGUGAACUGACUACGGUGGUGCGUAAGAAUUUCGCUCGCACAUUGCAGCAAUUGAUCCAGCAUGGCCUAAGGAUACCAGCCGAAUCGGCAGCUUCCAGUUUGAUGGUGCCAUUCAUGCGUUGCCUCCAUCCAAGUAUACUACAGCAUCGUGUAACGCCACUAGCAUCAUCAUCAUCGUCGUCGUUAGGUGGAUCAGCACUAUCAUCGUCCGAUCAGCAGCAAUUCCUUGGUCUGGGUAGACCCAUGCAUGCCUGGGAACUGAUAUUGGAGUAUUAUCACCUCAAGAACGGCGAUGAGUAUAAUAAUACGCCGGCCCGUAAACUAUCACAGAGCUUCCAAUUGGAUAUUGUCGAUGCCCAGGCAGUGACAGCCAAACAGAGUCUUCUGAGUGCCAUCGGUAUGAUCCUGACAAUGCAUCGUCCCUAUAAACGCAGCUAUAAUGCACAUUUCAAGGCAUUUGUAUGUGCGGGACUUAACUCUCAUCUAUUGGUGGAAUGGCUAAAUUUGAUACUCAGUUGCAAUGAGUUAAUCGAUAUAUAUUACAACUCCAGUAGUUAUGUGGCACGCACUGGCUUCCGUGAUUCCCUACGGUCUAUUGAUGCUCUAACCAAAUUUGAUUUCGAUUUGCCCGUCGAUUUGGCCAUUCGGCAUUUUCGUAAUAUUUAAAGUUCAUUUCAAUAACAAUAACACAAACAACAUCGAAAUGAUCGACAUUUAAAAACAAAAGAGUAUUGCUGAUUAAUCUUAUGUGUGUAUAUUAUAAAUCAAUUUA